AUGACACCUAUAAAAAAAUAUUUCAUCAAUGUCAGUCCAAAUGGCGAAGAGCUUUUAACGUUUGAUAUUGAGUGUCAAAGGUUACAAAUAUGGAGAAUUAAUUCGAAACAUAUGGAUCGAAUCUUAAUACGUGAAUACCUUUAUCCCCCAAACGAACACAUAAUCUCUAAUCAAGAAUCUGGUUGGUCAGUUGCCAUAUCUGACAGAAAUGAAGAAGGUCAUGCAUUAAUUGCUGUAACUCACGAUAUAAAGGCAAAUUUUGCUUUAUUGAACAGAAUCAUUGUCAAGGAUUUUUUCUUUUUACGUAAAAAUGCUAAAAAACACCAUUUCCUCGAGAUGUAUAAUCUUGAUCCAAACCACGGCAUUGAUUUCGAAUUGGAAAAUAUCCUUCAAAGUCCAAAUUGUAGUAAUUUUCCUGCUAAAACACCAAUUAUCACCAUAUCCAAAAAUUCAAAACUAUUAGCAGUCACAUUAUGUAAGCAAGCAGUUAGUAUCUUCCUAAUUGAAAAUGGUUUGGAUAUUGCAAUGAAAAAAUUUAAAAAUGCAAGGAUUAUUGACAUGACAUUUUUUGAUAAUGAUAAUAAACUUGCUGUUGUAACUCAAGAAGAACAUGACACCAUCUAUACUACUGUUUGGGAUUUAUUUAACUGCAAUGAAGAUGAUUCUGAAAAUAUUUAUGAUGACAAUGAUAAUAAACUACGUAGAAAACAAGAAAAUCAUAAUAGACCAAUUGGAUUAUUUUCAAACUUUCUCGUUUAUCCUUCUUUAAAUCCGGGUGUUGAUCUAAUUCCAUUCGACAAUAAUAGUAAUGACAGCUAUUACCAUAACGGUUUCAAACCAACAAUAAUUUGUAAAAUUGUAAGAAAUAUGAUGAUUAUUACCGAUAGAAAAAAAAUUAGAUAUGAAAUUUAUGAUCUUUUUGGAAAACUUUUGGAUACUUUUGAUGAUAAUGAUGCUAAGCAAUCUCAGGAAUUUGCAAAUUUGAUCGUUGAAGAUAGCGAGCCUUGGGAUUCCUCGUCUAGAGUCCAAACUACAAUUUGGUUGAACGUAAAAAAAACCUUGCAACUUAUAAUUGGUUGUCAGUCCGUGCAAGUUUGGGAAAAAGGGAAAUCUUUAUUAUACAUUUGGACCCUUCCCAAUAAUUACAAUUCUAAUAUAACUAAAAUAAUAUUUGAAGAACAUCAAUAUAAUUCUUAUGUACUAAGAAUCAAUUCAACCAAUACCAAUAAUAAUAAUAAUGAUGAUAUAGAAAUAAAAUUACCACGAAGUAACAAUUACAUUAAAGAAGUUUGUCGUUCCAUGAAAUUUCUUAACGAUAAACAUAACGAUGCCAAAAAUUUAUCAAAUAGAAGAAAAAGAUAUUUCGAAAAAACGAUUCAAGAAACUAUUAAAAUUUUAAAAGAUUUUAUUGAUAAACAUCCACAAAAAUGGCGUCUAAUUGACACCAAAGAAUGUAUUAUGGCUCAUUUAAUAGUUUCAAGAUGUAAAUUGGUUAGUUAUAUAUUGAAAGAUAAACAGCAAUAUAAAUUGCAUAUUCCACGUAAACUCGGUUGGUCGGAAGAAGAAUGUCAGGAAACAUUUAUUGUUGGAACUCCUAAAAAACGAUCUUCAACUAAAAAAAAAUUAAAUGACUUGCAUCUUGCAAUCUUAACUAAAAAUCCCGGUAUAGUUAAAGAGUUGGUCACUUAUUACUCUGCCCUUGCAAAUGAUAAUAUUGGUUGGAUGUCAACAGUCUCCGAAGAAUUACUUUUUCUUUAUCGAAAUUAUAAAGAAUAUGUUGUAGGAUUAUUCGAUCAGCCGAUUUUCGGUUCAAAGGAAGCAGCACAUCUGAUUUCUGGAAAUUUAAGGUCUCCUUCAUCUACAGCGAAAAAAUUUUGGAUUAAAAUUAGAAACUUUAUCAGAAGAAAAUGUGGUUUAAAAGAUAUUCCAGUCCAAAUGGAUUCCAUAUCACUGCGAACCUCAGAGAAACUAAUUAUCGCGAAACCACUUCUUGAUAUUCCCACAAGAUUGACAAAUCAAGUUUCAAAACAUGAGAGAAACGAGAGAAACAUCGAUGAUGCAACUCCAUUAAUUAUGACAUGCAUGGUACCAUUACCAAAUUUCACAGUGCCGAAACGAGAUGAAGAGGCAAGCGGGAGAAGCAUACUGUUAAGGUUCAAUAGAAAAAGUCCAACAGAUAUAUUAUUUUAUAUUGCAAUGAUUCCAUCAGUGGUUAUUGUAAUCAGUAUGGGAACCGUUUUAUUGGUGCUUGAGAUCCAACAAUGCCUAUUGUUGGCACGAAAAUACAUUAGAUUGUACAAUUUAUUUGAUGUGAUGGCUUGUGUUCUACCAAUGGCCGGAACUGUUCUCAUUCUAAGAUCACUCUUAAUGUCCAUGGCUCAAGAUGAAACAACUAACGGUUUUGAAAAUAUUCCUAUAAGCAGACCUUUAUUGAUAUUUUUAUCAAUGACCAUCUUAUUGUUGAGAAUGCGAUCUUUACCAAUAAUCGGUAUUUAUGUUUUCGUUAUAUUGAAUCUUUUGAAAAAGAUUUUUCCUUUCUUGGGAGUAAUGCUUCUCAUUGUUUGCGGAUUUGCCCAUACAAUGUAUUUAUUGUUAAGUAGACCUGAACUUAUAGGCGUAGCACCUCAAGGUACAUCAUUUACACUUAGGGAUCCAUCACAAACAUUAUUUAAAAACGACUUGGUGAUAACUGAAAAUGUUGAAAAUAACUAUUUUGACGAUUUUUUCUCAUCUGCGAAGGCGGUUUAUUUCUGGACGAAUGGUCAAUGGGAUCAAAUUGAUCAUUGGGAUUUUUUGCCGGUUACAAUAAUAACACUUUUUGCUAGUUUUUUUUUGGUUAUUGUUAUGCAGAAUAUUAUGAUCGCAAUCAUGUCAGAUGUUGUUUCUGAUGCUAAAUAUAAUGGAAAAAAAGCUUUUCUUAAAUUGAGAGCUGAGCUAAUAGCAGAAGUGGAAACAUUUUUUAUUAGUUCAUCACAACAAAGAAAUCAAGAUUGUGAAAAUUGUCGGCAUGUUCAAAAUGAAUUGAGAUCCAAAAUUAGUUCCAUGGAAGAAAAACUUGACAGAUUAUUGUCAUUUCACAAUAAUGACAGAUUAUCACACUAUAAUAAUUAUGAUGAUGAUGGCCGUUCAAUUGCAUCGAACGCUACAUAUCAUAAUGCUUUAUAG